CUCAUAUACACACACAUACAAAACAGAGACACUCGUGCCCCGCUGUCACACUCUGUGUGUGGAUGUGCUUGGAGCAGAUGGUCUAAAAUGAGCUUCUUAGGCUGGAUACUGGCUGUGUGUCUUGUGGUUCUUGGAGGCAGCAGACAUGCAGUUCGGGCUGAAGAAGGGCCAGGCAGCGAGAGGAACUGUUCUGCAAUUCCUCCGUAUCUGCCACCAACAGCUGUAAACACGACACUGAGGCUUUGUGAUCUCAGGGCAGCCAUGAGCCUGUUGAGUAUCUCUGCCUACAUCAUACCUGCGACAGAUGCUCAUCUGAGUGAGUAUAUCGCCCCCAGAGAUGCGAGGUUGAGCUGGAUGUCUGGUUUCACUGGCUCUGCAGGCACAGCAGUUGUUACUCAAAGCAAAGCAGUUUUGUGGACUGACAGCCGCUACUGGAUUCAGGCAGAGAGACAAAUGGACUGUAACUGGGAGCUAAAGCGAGAUGUCUCCAUUCGCAGCAUAACCAACUGGCUAAUCAAAGAGAUCCCUGAGGGAGAUCAGGUUGGCUUCGACCCAUUCCACUUCUCUGUAGACACAUUUGCCGUCUACAACACCAACCUGGCUCCAGCGGGCCGGAUCCUGAAGUCAAUCCCUGAUAACCUGGUUGAUAAAAUAUGGACAGAUCGGCCUCCUCUGCCUCCUGAUAACCCCACACGCUUACCUGACAGUAUCAUCGAGAGGACCUGGCAGAUGAAGGUUGACCAGAUACGGGCCCAAAUAAAUGACAAUCCAUACAAGCCCACCGCUGUGCUGCUUUCAGCUUUGGAUGAGACGGCAUGGCUGUUUAAUCUACGAGGCAACGACAUCCCUUUCAAUCCAUUCUUCUAUUCUUACACUCUGCUAACAAUGGAUGAAAUAUGGAUCUUUGUGCACACUGAGCGAAUAACAGACGAGUUGAAGGAGUAUCUGAAUGUAUCGUGCUACCAGGCCCACUGUGUGCAGCUGCUUGAGUACAGCUCUGUGCGCACAUAUCUGCAGACCUAUCUACUUAAACCCAAUGUGAGGGUGUGGGUGGGCACAGAGUACACCAACCAGGCCCUAUAUGAGCUCAUUACUCCUGAGGAGAAACUAUUGACUAGCACUUACUCUCUAGUGCUGACCACAAAAGCAGUGAAAGAUGCGACAGAGCAGCGUAUUCUCAAAGAGGCUCACGUGAGGGACGCAGUUGCAGUCAUGCAGCUUCUGCUGUGGCUUGAGAAGAAAGUCCCCGAGGGCAAAGAGACGGAGCUUACGGCAGCACAUUUCGUCGAUCAGUGUCGCAGUAAGCAGAAGAACAGCAGAGGACCGAGUUUUGAGACCAUUUCUGCAAGUGGACCUAAUGCUGCUCUUGCCCACUAUAGUCCAUCUAAUGAAACUGCAAGAAAGCUUAUGGUGGAUGAGAUGUAUCUUGUUGACUCUGGAGGACAGUAUCUGGAUGGUACUACGGAUAUCACACGUACUGUGCACUGGGGUGUACCCACUGACUUUCAAAAGGAGGCCUACACAAGGGUGCUCAUGGGAAAUAUUGAAAUUUCAAGAACCAUCUUUCCUGCUGGAACUAGAGGUGUGAAUAUGGAGAUGCUGGGACGAAGGGCAUUGUGGGAAAUCGGUUUAAAUUAUGGUCACGGUACAGGUCAUGGUGUGGGCAACUACUUUGGAGUCCAUGAAUGGCCCGUGGGAUUUCAGUCCAAUAAUAUUCCAUUUCAAGAGGGAAUGUUUACAUCAAUUGAACCUGGUUAUUACAAGGAGAAUGACUUUGGUAUACGGAUAGAGGACAUCACUGUUACUAUUCCAGCUACAACAAAGCAUGGCAACAAUUACCUGACUUUUGAAACCGUUUCACUGGUGCCUUAUGACAGAAACCUAAUAGACACAUCUCUCCUUAGCCCUGAGCAGCUCCACUGGUUGAACACAUACUAUGAGACCAUUCGCAGUGUGGUUGGUCCCGAGCUGGAAAAGCAGGGGCUGAAGGAGGAGCAUGCCUGGAUGAUGAAGCACACAUCACCCUUCCUUAUAGCUGAAUCCUCAGCUGUCAUCUUCUCAGUUACACUGUUAGUAACAGCUCUGCCCUCUGCCUUACUGUAUCUUCUGCUUUAAAAGACAUGUGAUGGAAGAAUUUAAGACACUCCACUUUGCUCAAAACUAUAGCCUCUGCUGCUACUGUGUGCUGGUAGGCCAGGUACGAACAGAAAAGCUCCACUGCUGAAUAUGCGGCCUAACAUAAACUGUAUUCUCUCUCUCUCUUUCUUUCUCUCCACCAUUACUUCUCUUUGACCGGUUAUUUUUUCAACAAGCUGUUUUAAUUUACAGAUUGACCAGACCAGAUUGGAUUUUUUAAUUAUGCAAAUGACUAGGAAAGUUGACAUAACACAAUCACAGUUUUUUUGUGACCUAAGUUUGAACUUUUGUUAAUAUUGUAUAGUAUGUUUUAUAGCAUAGAGUUUUUGCUCAUAUCAAAUUAACAAAGAUAAGAAUAAGAUUAGGAAUGAAUAAAUUGCAUGUGUUUGUAUGCUGGAAAUACAGUAUGAUCAAUGUAUCAGAGACAAUUAUUGUUUAUUUAUAAUUUAUUAAAAUAAGAUUACUUUAGAACUA